ACUAGACUUGAUGAGACUUUGGGUGUUGUUCAAGCAAAAGCCACAGUUCAUAACAUGAUAAAACUCUUGGAAGAAGAAUAUGUAGAAAAAGUUGUGAAUCAUCUACCAAAACAAAUAACUGACAAACAGCCUGCCAAAUGUAAGCUGGACCAAAAUACAGCAAAUUUGCCAAGUCUUUCCAAGGCACCAUCCAGAAACAAAGUCAAAAAGCAGAAGUUAUCUGACCAACAAGAUUGUGAAAUGCAAGGAGAUAGUGAGGACAGCAAGGAAUUCAGUGAUGUUGAACGACAAUAUGUGUCCACCCAACUUGAGAAAUUUGGGUAUAUGAUUGAUCAAGACCUUUCCCCAGAAACAGGAUUUAAAAGCCUG